AAACCUAAAUAGUCUCCGUUUCUAUCAUUUCUCAGCUCUUCGGCGUCUCUCCCUCUUUCUCCGGUGAGAUUCCGACCAACGUACCGAUAGCCCUAAUUGCAGAGACGACUUGGGAAAGAUGAACACGGUAACGAGGCGAGUCACGGGAUUGAUUACUCGGUCGAGCCACCAUCAGGCGCAGCAGGAACGCGGAAUACGAGUGAAGGUUUUGAACGGGAAUCUGGAGCAGGCGUUGUCGAUACUGCAGAGGAAGAUGCAGUCGAGUGGAAUGGAGCGGUUGAUAAAGCAGCGCCAGGCUCAUCAUAUCAAGAACUCCGAGAAGAAGGUCCUCGCUAGGAAGAAUCUGGAACGUAGGAUCCAAUCCGAGGAUUUCGCGCGCAAACUCCAGUCGAUCCUCAUCAAGAAAGUCAGAGGUUUAUGAGAGUGCAAUUGGAAGAAACCUGGCGGCUGCCUCUUUGCUUUUCUGGGAAUUGGUAUUCAACCAUGUUAGGAUGUGAUGGCACACAGUUUCCAUUCAAAUUCUCGUGACUUGGUCUUUCAGUGAACGAAAUGAGAAGUGGAUUUUGAGUAA